UGUUGCCGAGUGCACUCGGGGUUGCGCGCGCUUGGUCUCGCGUACCUGCCCGACGUCCCCUCGACUACGCGCCGCUGUCGUCGUAAUCGUCGUGCAAAUGUGCGCGCGGCGUGCGGACUCUCGCUGAGGCUGGGUUCGCUAGGGGAGCCGAGGUCACGUGCGAUCGGCACGUGUGCGACCCGCCGCCUGCUCGCGAGCAAACGCCAAGCGGAGAUCGUCGCGAUCGGACAUGGGCACCGGGCUGCUGUUCGUGCUCGCGGGCGUCCUCGCCGUCAGCAGCUCCGACGCCGGCGACCUCGACCUGGGCACGAUCGUCUUCGCGAACGUCUUGUACCGACACGGGGACAGGACUCCUGUUCUACCUUACAAGAACGAUCCUUACAGGGACGAAUCGUGCUGGCCGGUUCCAUAUGGACAAUUAACGAACAUUGGCAAGCAUCAACACCUGCUUCUUGGACGCUGGCUGAGGAAACGUUAUUCCCACCUCUUGAGCAACAUUUACUCGCCGUAUGAUAUCUACGUUGAGAGUACAGACGUGGAUCGCACCCUGAUGUCGGCCGAGGCGAAUCUCGCGGGCCUUUAUCCGCCGACGGGGAACCAGGUUUGGGACAUGAACCACUGGAUGCCAAUCCCUGUGCACACCGUCCCGGGAAAGUACGACUACGUGUUGCACGCGACCAAACUCUGCCCGCGAUACAACUACGAGCUGGAAAAGCUGUUAUCAUCGCCGGAAAUGGAACGCAUAAAUAAAGCGAACGCGAAUCUCUAUGCCUACUUGAGCAAGAAUACCGGGAAUAAUGUAGAUUCGUUUAAAAUAGUUGAACACCUGUACGAUGUUUUAUUCAUCGAGCAAUUGUACAACAAAACUCUACCGCAGUGGACAAAGUCGGUGUUUCCAGAGAAAAUGAAGCCUCUUGCUAUACUUAGUUUUAUGAUAGAGACAUACAACACGAUACUUCAAAGGUUAAAAUCAGGUCCACUGCUUGGAGAAAUGAUAGAUCACAUGGUCAAGAAAGCGCAACGUACUUUACAACCUGACAGAAAGCUAUGGAUGUACAGUGCUCACGAUGAGACCAUAGCGAAUAUGCUUAUGACUCUGGGCUUAUUCGAGCCUCAUUGUCCACCUUACACGUCUAUGAUUCUCAUGGAAUUAAGGGCGAAUUCGAAAAAUGAGUUUUUUGUAACAGUUUCUUACAAAAAUACCACUGAAGAACCGAUACUUAUGACAUUACCGGGUUGCGCUACGUUAUGCCCUUUAAAUGAAUUUAUUAAUUUAACGAAACACGUUGUACCUGAAGAUUGGGAGAAGGAAUGUACAAUUCCUGCUCUCUCAGCUCAGAAUGACAUAAGUUCUAGCGAUGUCAUCGCAAUCCUGACAUCGUCCACAUUGAUGCUAGUUUUAUUGGUUCUAGUAAUAAUCUGUUUUAUGUAUUGGCGACAUACAAGAGAACAUAGACAGUAUUACUUUCGUUUAGCGUACAAUGGCUACAACGAUGCCAUAUAACGGGUUUCUUUUUUUUUACCAAAAUAAUUAACGUGGCAAAAAGUAUUAAAAAAUAUAGGGUAAUCGUUAAGUUAUCGCUGCCUGCCAUAAAAUGAAGCAAGGCAUUUUUUCACAAUCUUAAAAUUUGACACAAAGAUGUUCGAUAUAUAGUAUAUAUAUAUAUAUCUGACUGCUGAAAUUAUUAAAUAACUUUUAUUGGUAUAUUUUAUUUUAAAAGUAUUUUUUAUAAAAAAGCUCUUUUAAUGAAUAACACGAUUUAAUUAUGUGAUAUUUAAUUAUGUAGUUUAUUAUAUCACAUCAUGACAACGUUAGCUCAUUUUUAUUAAACAAUGUAUUUUCAUCUGCAUUGAAUUCGCGACAUUCCUUUGGAAAUUUUGGUUUGCUUGUUCUCACACAAUAAUAACUUAUUUAGAACUGAGCAAGAUCAAAGUCCGACCAUCGCGAUAAUAACGAUUUGUAAUAUACAUCGAUAAUUUAAGAAAUAGUAAAUUCAAAUAUAAAAUAUGGACGACAAAAUUUUAGAAAAUUAUUUUAUUUUGUGACUACCGAGAGAGACAAGGAAAUCGGAUACUUUUAUAAAACAUGCAUAUUUGUAAUAACGAUUUAUAUCGCCAAACUUAAAAAUGCAUAAAUGUAUUAUAUAGUAAAUAUUCAAUAAUUAAUACUGCGGGAUAUACAAUGAACAAAUUUUGCAACCAAAUUUUAUGAGAAACAAAACUUCAUGGAAUAGCACAACUUAACUACUGUUACGGUUAAUUGUCUGAUACAUGUGAUAUUACAGUGAUUGUCUAGUCAUGAUGUAUCGAGCUUAAACCUCUCGCGAGCUUCUUCGGUAUGACAGUUUUGAAAGAGAAACACACACAGCUAAUGCAUUACACUGCCCGUAAACAAAUUUUAUUUACAGAAACUCGGUUAUCUCAAACAGACGCGGUAAUAAUUAUUCAAAUCAUCAUGCGGUACAUUUGUAAAAAUACAUCUUUUUCUAAUUUUUAUACAUCUGCGGGUUAAGUUACAAUAUACGGAACAUGUUCCUGUUUUAAAAUUGACCAUCUUACAACUUAGUUCUGCGACUAAGUGCGUGUCUCGACUUACUUUAGAGUACUUAUAAAUAAGAGAAAAGUGUGCGUCUUGUUAGGAAUAUUUUUGUGAUACUACUAACAAUAGCGUGAUAUGUAAUCCGCGAAAAAAAACUUAUCGCAUCUGCUGCUGUUGAACAAAAAUUGCGGAUACGUUACUUAUUUUAUAUGCAGACCAAUAAAAAUUAAUUCAUUCGAA